UUCCCCCAAAACUCCUCUUCUUCUUGCCGAGGAAGGCAGCCCAAGCGAGCAGGCGUGCGUGCGUGCGCUGCAAUGGCGGAUUCUUCGGCGCCGACGCGGGUGAUGAUGGCGGUGAACGAAUCGUCGCUCAAGGGUUACCCGCACCCCUCCAUCAGCUGCCGCACUGCCUUCGACUGGACGCUCUCCAAGCUUGUCCGCUCCAACCCUAGCGGCUUCCACUUCCUCUUCCUCCAUGUCCAGGUCCCCGACGAGGACGGAUUUGAUGACAUGGAUAGCAUCUAUGCGUCACCGGCCGACUUCCACCAAAUGAAACAGAGAGACAAGAUAAGAGGGCUUCACUUGCUUGAGUACUUUGUAAACCAAUGCCAUCAGCUAGGGAUAAAAUGCGAGGCAUGGAUCAGACAUGGGGAUCCAAAGGAGGUUAUCUGCAGCGAAGUGAAGAGAGUCCAGCCUGACCUUCUAGUUGUGGGAAGUAGGGGCCUUGGGCCGUUUCAGAGGGUUUUCGUGGGCACAGUGAGCGAGUUCUGCGUUAAACAUGCCGAAUGCCCUGUCAUCACCAUCAAAAGGAAGGCUACUGAAGCGCCGCAGGACCCCAUCGACGAUUGAUGCUGCUUUCGAGUCAUACCACUUGAGAAUGAGAUAUUCUUCACUGCUUAAUGGGUUUAAUGUACAAAAUGCGAUAUGGAAGUGCCUGGAACUAAGUAGCACAAGCUUUGCACACUGCGCCCCAAAACUAGAGUGAAGAUGAAGACGCUAUCGUUGGCCCAUGGAUGAUUCGAGAUUUUACGUAUCAUAUGUGAUACCAUCAAUCGAGUUGUGAACCUAAAGCUACUGCUAUAUGAUCAUGUACUAGGUGGCUUUGUUGGGAUGAA